AGAGGCCGUGGCUCUGCCUGCCAACCCAGCUUCCCCUGCACCGGGAAAGGGGGUCCUGGAGCCCCACUCAGCUGGGUCAGUGGAUGCCCUCAGUCUGCUGGCUGGCUGGGUGUCGGGGGGCCUCAGAGGUGACCAGCAGGAGGAAGAACGGGGGGAAGAGAAGGUUGGGGUGCUAGCAGCUGCUAGCAUCGACAGCCCAGCUCUGCAGGGUGUGGUGGCGGCGCUCAGGCCUUUCCUUUCCUGUGGCAUCUUGGAGGGAGGGACCCAUUCUACGGAUGAGGAAGCUGAGACUCACCCAACCAGGAAGAGGCAGAGCUGGAGGACCAUGGGCUCCAUGUUCCGGAGCGAGGAAGUGGUGCUGGUCCAGCUCUUCCUGCCCACAGCUGCGGCCUACACCUGUGUGGGCCAGCUCGGUGAGCUGGGCCUCGUGGAGUUCAGAGACCUCAAUGCCUCGGUGAGUGCCUUCCAGAGACGCUUUGUGGUGGACGUUCGUCGCUGUGAGGAGCUGGAGAAGACAUUCACCUUCCUGCAGGAGGAGGUGCGGCGGGCUGGUCUGGCACUGCCCCCUCCCAAGGAGGCACUGCCAGCACCCCCACCCCGCGACCUGCUGCUCAUCCAGGAGGAGACGGAUCGCCUGGCACAGGAGCUCCGGGAUGUGCGGGGCAACCAGCAGUCCCUGCGGGCCCAGCUACACCAGCUGCAGCUCCACUCGGCAGUGCUGGGCCAGGGCCGUGGCCCCCCGUUGGCAGCCACGUACACUGACGGAUCCUUGGAAAGUACCCCCCUGCUCGAGGCCCCCGGAGGACCCCACCAGGACCUGAGGGUCAACUUCGUGGCAGGCGCCGUGGAGCCCCAGAAGGCCGCCGCACUGGAGCGCCUGCUCUGGAGGGCCUGCCGUGGCUUCCUCAUUGCCAGCUUCAGGGAGACGGAGCAGCAGCUGGAGGACCCUGUGACGGGUGAGCCAGCGACAUGGAUGACCUUCCUCAUCUCCUACUGGGGUGAGCAGAUCGGGCAGAAGAUUCGUAAGAUCACUGACUGUUUCCACUGCCACGUUUUCCCGUUCGCGGAGCAGGAUGAAGCCCGCCGUGGAGCCCUGCAGUUGCUGCAGCAGCAGAGCCAGGAGCUGCGUGAGGUCCUGGGCGAGACGGAGCGCUUCCUGAGCCAGGUGCUGGGCCGCGUGCAGCGGCUGCUGCCGCCCUGGCAAGUGCAGAUCCGCAAAAUGAAGGCCGUGUACUUGGCCCUUAACCAGUGCAGCGUGAGCGCCACACACAAGUGCCUCAUCGCGGAGGCUUGGUGCGCCACCCACGACCUGCCCACCCUGCAGCAGGCUCUGCAGGACAGCUCGAGUGAGGCAGGUGUGAGCGCCGUGGUCCACCGCAUCCCCUGCCAGGACAUGCCCCCCACUCUCAUCCGCACCAACCGCUUCACGGCCAGCUUCCAGGGCAUUGUGGACGCCUACGGUGUGGGCUGCUACCAGGAGGUCAACCCCGCGCCCUACACCAUCAUCACCUUCCCCUUCCUCUUUGCCGUGAUGUUCGGCGACGUGGGCCACGGGCUGCUCAUGUUCCUCUUCGCCCUGGCCAUGGUGCUGGCAGAGAACCAGCCGGCAGUGAGGACGAUGCAGAACGAGAUCUGGAGGACCUUUUUCAGCGGCCGCUACCUGCUCCUGCUCAUGGGCCUGUUCUCCAUCUACACCGGCUUCAUCUACAACGAGUGUUUCAGCCGCGCCACCACCAUCUUCCCCUCGGGCUGGAGCGCGGCGGCGAUGGCCAAUCAUUCUGGCUGGAGCAACACGUACCUGGCACAGAACCCGCUGCUCGCCCUGGACCCCAAUGUCACCGACGUCUUUCGAGGACCGUACCCCUUCGGCAUCGACCCCGUCUGGAGCCUGGCGGUCAACCACCUGAGCUUCCUCAACUCCUUCAAGAUGAAGAUGUCCGUCAUCCUGGGGGUCACGCACAUGGCUUUUGGAGUGCUCCUGGGAGUCUUCAACCACAUGCACUUUGGCCACUGGCACAAACUGCUGCUGGAGACGCUGCCUGAGCUGGUCUUCCUGCUGGGGCUGUUUGGCUACCUUGUCUUCCUGAUUGUCUACAAGUGGCUGCGAGUCUCGGCCGCCAGCGCCGCCUCAGCCCCCAGCCUCCUUAUCCACUUCAUCAACAUGUUCCUCUUCUCCAGCAGCCCCACCAACCAGCCACUCUUCCUGGGGCAGGAGGUGGUGCAGUCCAUCCUGGUGGUCCUGGCCUUGGCCAUGGUGCCCAUCCUGUUGCUUGGCACGCCCCUAUUCCUGCACUGGCAGCACCGCCGCCACUUGAGGAAGAGAGCCGGUGGCCCGCAGCUGGAUGAGGACAAGACUGGGCUUCUGGACUCCUCUGCUGCAUCGGUGUCUGGCUGGGGCUCUGAUGAGGAGAAGGCAGGGUGCCCAGGGAACCAAGAGGCCAAGUUUGUCCUCUCCGAGGUGCUCAUGCACCAGGCCAUCCACACCAUUGAGUUCUGCCUGGGCUGCAUUUCCAACACUGCCUCCUACCUGCGCCUCUGGGCCCUGAGCCUGGCUCAUGCCCAACUGUCAGAGGUCCUGUGGGCCAUGGUGAUGCGUGGGGGCCUGGGCCUAGGCCGCAGUGUGGGUGUGGCAGCUGUGGUGCUGGUCCCCAUCUUUGCCGCCUUCGCUGUGCUGACCGUGGCCAUCCUGCUGGUGAUGGAGGGACUCUCAGCCUUCCUGCACGCACUGCGGCUGCACUGGGUGGAGUUCCAGAACAAGUUCUACUCUGGCACCGGCUACAAGCUGAGCCCCUUCACCUUCGCUGUGGAGGAUGACUAGUGGCCACCUAUGGCCAUGCUGGUGACCCCUGCCCCUUACCUCGCUGAGGCCAGCAAGGAAUAAAGUGGAGGGCCCAGGAA